AGAGUGAGCUGUAAAGUACUCUAGACUUCAAACCUGUAAGACAUUUUGCAUGAAGAAGCGGUUGUGAAGCCUAAAAAAGAAACAUUGUGUAGUAACGAGAAACAAACGUUUAUACAUUGAAAAGGCUUGUGUUUUCUUUUUUUUAAAAAUCGAACGAUACAGCACGAAUCGUGUUCAAUGAACAGUGCUUCCGCCUUUCUGCAACAGACGUCACAGUUAGAUUGCUGUGGAGCACUGAAUAACGUGGAUUACAGUAAAAUAGACCCUUCGGUGAUGGCAGAUGUGUUUCACUGCAUUGAUUUGACAGAUCCUGAUUUUUGCGUAGCUGUUCUUGCAAUUAUUUUCAACCCCAUUUUCUGGAAUGUUGUGGCACGUUGGGAGCAUAAAACUAGGGGUCUGACCAACUUAUUUGGGUCAGCACACACUGCCUGUUACUCCCUGGGAUUCCUCAUCAUCCUUCUCAACGUCUAUCGCAGCCACAGCUUUACUGAAGCAAUGAGGAAACAGCCUAAACUGGAGCUCCUGGAAAGUCCAGAGGCAUUUUAUAGCGGCUUGGCAAUCCUGGGUAUUGGGUGUUUAUUUGUAUUCAGCAGCUAUUAUGCCCUCGGAUUCACUGGAACAUUUUUAGGUGAUCAUUUUGGGAUCUUGAAGAAGGAAAAGGUGACUGGUUUUCCCUUCAAUGUAAUGGACAAUCCGAUGUACUGGGGAAGCACUGCAAAUUAUCUUGGGAUUACUAUAAUAGGAGGAGUAAGAGUCGGGAGCUACAGCCACGGAGCCACCACUAUACCCGGAGCACGUCCUUCACAGCACAACAAAGCACCAGUACUCGCCACGAUCCCGGAGACAAGGAGCACAGUUUUGUACAUGAAGGAUUGUGGUUUAGUAGUGUGAUUUAUUUUCAGGACUGUAAAACCUGCCGUGUUCACCCCCAAUACCAUUCCUGGUAGAGGGGUAGUUAUUAUUAUUUUGUUUUGUAAAAUAAAACACAUUUUUGGGAGAGAACUUUUGUCUGGACCUUCCCUUGUUUAUUGCACCACUCACCAUCCUGUUCACACUUGGUGUCAGAAACAGGAGUUCACGAUGGAUCCAGCAGCACUAAACACUAUGAUGCAGGCUAAGGCACGGAGGCAUGAAGAGACCUUGGCAGCAGUGAUGGAGCGGAUGAAUGCCAAGUUCCUAGCGGCCAACCAGAGGAUGGAACCGGUGGCCAAACCAGCAGUGGCUCCUCCAAAACCCGAAGUGGUAAAGAUGUCGCUGGAGGAUGAUCCCGAGGCCUAUUUAACAUCGUUUGAAAGACAGGCGACAGGAGUCCUAUGGCCUUGGGAGUGGUGGGCUACCCAACUGGGACCCAAUCUGAUUGGGAAGCCCAGGCAGCCUAUCACUCUUUAACCCAGAAACAAGCCAUGGAUUACAAUCUGGUAAAAAGAGCCAUAUUCCAUCGACUGGACAUCACAGAGGAAACGCCCCGCCGACGGUUCCGGGAGUACCAACGCCCUGACGAAGUCCUAUCCCGAGUAAUGGCCCAGCAGUUGGUGGACCAGAUGACCCAGUGGCUCUGCCCUGGCAAACGUACAGCUGAAGAAGUGACCGAGAUUAUCACCAUUGAACAGUUGGUACAAUUGCUGCGGCCAGAGGGUGAUAAUUGGGUACCUUGGUGGCCAUGUGGGUUAGUGGUCAUCUCCUGUACCCUCUCACUAAGUUAGAUGUGACAAUUGGUAGUCACACCUGCCGUGUAAUCAUGGCGGUGGCAAAAAGGUUGCCAUACCGGGUUAUUUUAGGUUUCGACUAGCCACAUUUCUAAAUAAUUAUAAAACAAAAGGUAGAGCCAGUCUCCGGUAAGACCAUAGGUGCAGCAAGAGAAAAUACUGGGAAUAUUUUUCCGUGAAUGCUGAUCUGUUCCCCUCCCGAUUACUCCCCAAAAAAACUAAACGAGAGAGAAGGGUGGAAAAAUGGGAGGGCGUAUCAAUGAAACAAGAUUGGGGUUUGGUGGGAGACUCCUCCACGUCUGAUAAACACCAGGGAAAGGGGAUUCGGAUCCAAUGUGACCAACGGGGUUUGGUUACUGGGACCCCUUAGGCUACAAUAUCCUUGCUCAAUAUACCGAAAGUCUAGGACUGAGAUGUUGAUCUAGCGUACAAAUAAAAAAAUGACCCUACGCUGGCUAACAUCUGGGAACAGGUUCGGUCUAUCAAGGGGAACGAAAUAGAUGGUAAUCAGCCGCUCACAUACCCUCACCACAUUGUGCUCGGGCAUCUGCUGUAUAGAGUAUCCCAAGCCCCAAGCACAGGACAGACUGUAACACAAUUACUCGUUCCUCAGUCUUUUCGACAUGAGAUCAUGCGGUUGGCUCAUGAUGUCCCUUGUUCGGGCCAUUUAGGUAACGAAAAGACUCAGGAACAAAUAUUGGCUAGAUUUUACUGGGUGGGAGUGUACAGUGAGGUGAAGCGGUAUGUGGCGACCUGUAGAGAGUGCCAACAAGUAGCGCCGGGGCGGGUUCGCCCUGCUCCAUUGGUCCCACCGCCCCUGAUCAAUAUCCCUUUGAAUGAAUUGCAAUGGAUAUAGUGGGCCCAUGGAGCCAGUCUGACUGUGGAUAUAUGCAUAUUUUAAUAGUGGUAUGCUACGCGAGCAGAUAUGCAGAGGUAGUACCAUUGAGGUCCACUAGUGCAUUAACGAUUGCAACACAGUUAGUACAGAUCAUAACUAGAGUAGGGAUCCCCAAAGAAAUUCUGACAGAUCACGGAACAAAUUUUAUGUCACAAUGUUUAAAUUAUUACAAAUUUUGUCCAUUUGGACCUCCGUUUAUCACCCACAAUCGAAUGGUUUGGUGGAACGUUUUAAUCAGACAUUAAAGCAGAUGCUGAAAUGGUUUAUCAACCAAGAGCAGAGACAUUGGGUUAAGCUCCUCCCCUACCUGAUGUUUGCAGUGAGAGAGGUGCCUCAGAGCUUGAUCGGAUUUUCUCCCUUUGAGCUGCUAUAUGGGUAACAACCACAAGGUGUCAUUGAUCUUGUAAAAGAAAGAUGGGAAGAGCAAAAUAAAGAUGCUAAAAACAUAGUGAAAUAAUUAAAUAUGUUGAGAGACCGUCUGCAAUUGGUUAGUCAUUUGGCACACGAGAACUUAAAACAGGCUCAGCAUCAGCAAGAGCAGCAGUACAAGAAACAAGCAUGGAUUCAGAUUUUUUGGACAGGAGAUAAAGUACUGUUGCUACUUCUCAGUCUAGCAGGGACCAUAUGAAGUGAUACCUGCAAUUGGUAAUGUAAACUACGAAAUUAGACAACCCGAUCACCGCAACAAAACAGAAAUUUAUCAUAUUAAUUUAUUAAAACCCUACAACAAAAGGGAGGCCUUGUUUAUAGCCAAUGACAGUGUAGAAGAUGAUUUUGGCCCCUCUGUAAAUACACCAGCUACAGUUAAGAUUCCAAAGGGGGAACAAUUACUUCCUGAUCAAAAGUUUGAGCUCUGUGGGUUAGUGAAACAAUUUGAUUAUGUUUUUUUCUGACUUGCCUGGCAGAACUAAUAUGAUUGAACAUGCUAUUAUUACUUCAACAGGUGUCACGGCCGCAUCGAAUCUCGGAGAGUCAUAGGGGUGCAGUAGGCCCGGAGGUGGGCGAUAUGCUCGAACUUGGAGUCAUUGAGCCUUCCUGGAGCGAGUGGAGCAGCCCGAUAGUGAUGGUGCCUAAGAAGGACGGUGUAACAGGGCUGGGAGCCCUGUGCAGGA